AUGACGCGCAUCAUCCGAGUUGCUAUCUUGGAGACCGACACCCCCAUCGACCCCGUCCUUGAACGCUAUGGAACCUACGGCGUGAUAUUCAACCGUUGGUUGAAUACAGGGCUUCAAAGCCUUGGAGCUACUGAUACCGAGAUUCAAACAACGAAUUGGGAUGUGGUGAAUAAAUCCGAAUAUCCUAAGCCAGAGGACUUCGACGCCCUCUUGUUGACAGGCAGCAAACACGAUGCGCAUGCAGACGUACCAUGGAUCAAUGAGUUGGUGAAAUAUGUCCACGACAUCUACGAGCAGCACAAGAAGCCCAUUAUCGGCAUAUGCUUCGGACACCAGAUUGUUGCGCGUGCCCUCGGAGCACGCGUGGCCCGGAACGAGGAGGGAUGGGAGAUCUCAGCCGAACCAUUUCCAUUGAGUGAUAGUGGGAAGCAGCUGUUCUCGAAGGAAUCAUUGGUUAUACAUCAGAUGCACCGGGAUAAUGUGUUCGAGGUGCCCCAAGGAUGCAUCAACCUUGGAUCUAGCCCUCGAUGCGAGGUGCAAGGAUUCUAUCUGCCACAGCGUGUUUUGGCUUUACAAGGACAUCCGGAGUACGAUGAGUUUGUGAUGACGGAGUUGAUCAAGCUUCGACAUGCGAUGGGACGUUUCGAUGCCGAGCUCGCUAAAGAUGGACUAUCAAGAGCCGGGAAACAACAUGAUGGUGAGCUCAUUGCCAAGAUGGCCAACCAAAUUCGCACACUCUCCCCCUCCACAAACAAAGUCAUUUUUGAGCACCCGGGGACUUCCCUCGACGAAGCUCGAGCUAUCGCACAAGCCUCAGAGAAUGCCUUCCAGUCCUACAAACAGCUCUCCCUUGCUGAGCGGAAGGCGAUCAUUGUCAAGGCAUUAAACAUAGUCGAUGCAAAUAAAGAAACUCUUGCCAAUGAGCUCACGGCUCAAAUGGGCCGCCCUAUCGCCUACUGCACAAAGGAAAUUGACACCAUGCGCAAGCGCGCAGACUACCUCCUCAGUAUUGCAGAUGACAGCCUAAAGAAUCUUCCUGGACAGGCAGAGAGCGGCUUCAGACGGUUCCUGAAGAAGGAACCACUUGGCGUCACUUUGAUUUCGACUGCGUGGAAUUAUCCGUAUCUAAUUACAGUUAACACUCUUCUUCCGGCCCUCCUCGCUGGAAACACCGUUCUUCUUCGCCCAUCUCCCCAAACUCCCCUGCUCGGCGAGCGCCUCGUGUCGUAUUUCCAAGAAGCUGGACUGCCCACUAAUGUCCUCCAACUCCUCCAUGUCGGCUCACUCGACGUUCUUGACGAAAUUGUCAAGCUUCCACAGAUCAAGCUCGUCUCAUUUACCGGCUCUACGGCCGGUGGUAUCCGCCUGCGCGAAGCAACCGCCCGCCGCGUCGUUCCUGUGAAUCUCGAACUAGGAGGCAAUGACCCAGCCUACGUCAGACCAGACGCAGAUAUAGCCUACGUCGCCGCUCAGGUAGUCGACGGGGCCGUCUUCAACUCAGGACAGAGUUGUUGCUCAAUUGAACGAGUUUAUGUUCAUGCCGAUGUCUACGAGAACUUUAUUACCGAAGUACAGAAGGAAUUGAGCACGUACAAGCUCGGCGACCCAACCGAUAAAACUACCACAACUGGCCCAGUGAUCUCCAAGCAGUCUCUCAAGAACAUUCAGGCCCACAUCGACGAUGCACUAUCCAAAGGUGCUAUUGACGCCACACCUGCGAAUGCCACAUUUACCUCCGUGCCCGCUGAAGGGAACUACAUUGCUCCUAAGCUCCUUACUAAUGUCACGCAUGACAUGGUCACCAUGCGUGAAGAGACCUUCGGUCCUGUUAUCCCUGUCAUGAAAGUUUCUUCUGAUGAAGAGGCCAUUGCGCUUAUGAACGAUAGUGACUAUGGCCUUACGGCUAGUGUUUGGACAAAGGAUAUUAAGGCGGGAGAGGCUUUAAUUGAGAAGAUUGAUGCGGGUACUGUGUACAUCAAUCGGUGUGAUUACCCGAGUCCGGACCUGGCCUGGAUUGGAUGGAAGAACUCCGGCCUUGGAUGCACGUUAGGACCGCAUGCAUUUGACGGGUUCUAUAAGUUGAAGAGCUUCCAUAUUAAGGAGGAGCAGGUUUAG